CGCCUGCGCGGGUGCGGUGCAUGCUGGGCGCAGCCCUUUCCCGCGGUGACUUUGCAGAUAAGCGAAGGCGCCUGCGGCUCGCUGCCUCCGCUUGUGGCGGGGACCCCCGGCCAGGAUGGUCGGGGUGAAGGUAAUCGCGAACGACACCGAGUUCCAGCCUGAGCUCAGCGCCGCCGGCUCCCGGCUCGCCGUGGUCAAGUUCACCAUGCGGGGAUGUGGUCCUUGUUUGAGGAUAGCCCCAGCUUUCAAUGCUUUGAGUAAUAAAUAUCCCCAGGCAACUUUUUUGGAAGUGGAUGUACAUCAGUGCCAGGGAACAGCUGCAACCAAUAAUAUAUCAGCAACACCAACAUUUUUGUUUUUCCGAAACAAAGUGCGAAUUGACCAGUAUCAAGGAGCCGAUGCUGUAGGAUUAGAAGAAAAAAUUAAACAGCAUCUAGAGAACGAUCCUGGAAGUAAUGAGGACACAGAUAUUCCGAAAGGAUAUAUGGAUUUAAUGCCAUUUAUUAAUAAAGCUGGCUGUGAAUGUCUUAAUGAAAGUGAUGAACAUGGAUUCGAUAACUGUUUACGUAAAGACUCUACCUACCUGGAAUCUGACUGUGACGAGCAGCUCCUUAUUACUGUAGCUUUUAAUCAACCUGUCAAGCUUUAUUCCAUGAAACUUCAAGGGCCAGAUAAUGGUCAAGGUCCCAAGUAUAUAAAAAUCUUCAUCAACCUUCCCCGAUCUAUGGACUUUGAAGAGGCAGAAAGAAGUGAACCAACCCAAGCCUUGGAACUAACGCUGGAUGAUAUAAAAGAAGAUGGUAUUGUCCAGCUUCGCUAUGUAAAAUUUCAGAAUGUUAACAGCGUAACUUUAUUUGUCCAGUCCAAUCAUGGUGAUGAAGAGACGACUAGAAUUACAUAUUUUACAUUUAUUGGAACUCCAGUCCAAGCAACAAACAUGAAUGACUUCAAGCGACUUAACUUCCCAACCCCAAAGAACUAAAAAUGCAGAAGAAAAUGCUUUAAAAUGAAUAUUAAGAGUGACCUUGUCUCGCACCACACCCCUCCCUGCUCCCUCCGUUCAUCUAGCAUCUCUCUCACCCUUUCCACAAUCUCACCACUGGUGCAAGAGCCUUCUCCUCUGCAGCUACUGUGCUCUGGAACAGCUUUCCUGUACCGCUCUGCUUCAUCGACUCAUCUUUUUUUAAUCCCAUUUUAAAAUCUUUUCUUUCUCAACUUUGCUUUUUAAUUUUUAUGCUUGUUAACAUUAAAACUAGAUAGUAGAUUUGUUAUAGUACGCAUUUAGACCGGUUUUCUGUGAUUUUUAUAGUCCAUCUUGUAUUUAAUACUAUAAAGCAAUUUGAGAUGCAGUUUGAGACUUUGGCAAAUAUUUUAAUUUGGCUUUUAUACAAUUUAUUGUAUGGGGAAUAACAUUAGAACAGGUUGAUUAAGGUGUAAUCUGUCAUGAAGACAAUCUCAGGUUUUUUCAUCCCCAGUUAUUGUUUCAAAACAUUCAGUUUAGUUGGAUAAUUUUUUAGUAGAAAGAUAUUUAGCAAAUCACACCAAUUUAAUUUCCCUUUCCAUUGUUGGGCCAGUCAGAUCAAGAAAUUAUUAUAUACUUAAAUUUUUACAAAAUGUCUAAUGUUAAAGAUUUGUAUUGUGUCACAAUUGCAGUACCUAUUCAUAGUUAUGGUAUGGUAUCUUACAAACAACUGCCAUAUAAAGUGUCCCGUAAGUAAUGGGAUGGAGAUGAAUUUCUUGUAGAAAAUAAGAAACUGCUGUUCUUACAACCAUCCUCCAUUUGGGGCAGGGAUGGGAAAUGAGCCUUUUUGGCCUGUAAUGACAAAAUAUACAUUCUGGUGCUUAAUUUUUGCAGAUAAUACACAUGGGCAAGUUGACAAUUCCCAGCUCUGAAUGGUAUAGCUCUAUUUCUUGAUUGAUGUUACACAUCUGCUAACAUCUUAAUAAUCUUUAAUAUAUUAGUGUUUUUCUGCUUAAUCCAAAUCUGGGCGUUGUGCUUGGGGUUUAAGAUACAGUCAAAGAAUAUAUAUUUUGUUUACUUAUUUGUUGAGUUUAAUUAUUUUUUUUAACUUGAUUAAUCAAACUUUAACACAAAUGAAUGGUUUUUUUUUUUGUUUUUUUUUUUACGGGCACCUCAACAUUGCUGUGCAACUAGAAUUUACUUGGCCCUACACAUUAGGCUCUGCAGUUCAAUGAGCAUCCUCCUGGCCACCAGCUCUUUGGAGGAGGAGAUGACCAAUAGAUACCAAAGCCCUUUACAAGGGAAUUCAAUCAGCAUGGUUUUUUUAGUCAGAGCAAUUGCAGCUGAGUGGUGAAAGGCAUUUCCUUUAAGCUGUUGUGGACCUUGCAGGGGAGGAAAUACUGGGAAAAAUAACCCAGAGCUCCCAUGUGUCACAGCAGAACAUGAGCGCUGUUCCAACCAGGUACACCAACCUUCAUCUUUUCAGCCAGUACUAAAAUACAGAGCUGUAUGAACCUUUGUGAGAACAUGCUUCCUUGGGAAGCCAUGUACUGCAAAGGUAACCAUACUAUCUCAUUAACACAUUUUGCCACAGUAGUCAAUUUAUUAAAAUACAGGGAUUUUUACUUUUCAAAGAUUUCAGCAUUACCAGUAUUAUAGUGCUGUAAACGUGUCUUAUUAAAUACAUAGGAUUUAAAUAUAACUUCAGCUUCAAAGCAUAAUCUUGGUAACACCGGCAGGUAAGGACGUACUGCUCUCAAGUUUAGAAGGGUAAACAGAUAAAGAACCUGAGGAUGACUUGCCCAAGGCCACAUGGUAAAUCAAGGGCAGAAUCAAAGUUAGAACAGCUUCUAUCCUCCAGACCUGUGCUAUGAUUAUUAAAUUAACACAGAUUUUUUUUUUCCACUUAAUUUGUUUAGUUUGUAACCAGUUACUCUUCUGGGUUGGCAAAAGCUCAGUGUGGUUCUCUUCUGAAAAGUGACUUAAAAACCAUUUUACACAUAGGCAGCAGAUCUAUCUUGUGUGCGCUUAUCUUAGCCAAGUGAGCUGGAUUCUCUUCCUUUUUGUGCAGCAGCAGAAUUGUUUAAGCUCCAAUCAGUUAUACCUUUGCAACCUCAAAGCUAAUGAGGUUGCAUUGGUGUUAGAAGGCAAAUCUUCCCUCUAAACCUUUAUUAUUGAUGAUACCUAGAAAGGGAAGAACAGAGCUUGAAUCUGAUUCUAGACUGAGUUUGCAGAGCUGGCAGUUAGAAAAAUUUUUUCACUAACAUUGAGCACACUUGAUACUGAAGUCAUUGACAAUAAAUGUGGAAUGCUGCUGCUUUUAGUUAGUUUUCAGUGUUGAAUUACAUUAUAAAGCAAAAAUUUCUCAAAAACCUGUCUUUAAUAUAGACCUAGUUCAUCUCCUACAACAACUACUUGAAAUUUGGGCCCAGAAGACUAGGUUUGGGGUAGUCUUACCACUGCAUUUUUGUUGUGUGUUCAGGUCUGAUUCUUGACACCUAACUUGGUUUUGUGAAUAAUAAAAAUAUGUGGGCUGUUGCUUUUUCCUAACUUGUCUCAAACAAACGAGUUC